AAGCUAGAAUCGUUUCAAAUUCAAACUCUCCUUCGAUAGCCAAUUACGAUUAAAUUAAGACACCUCACCUAAAGCAAAAUUCCAAAAAAUCUCUCUCUUCCUUUAAUUGUAAAGAACUAGACUUUAUCAGAUUCUCAUUCUCACAAUUCCAUCAUCUCCUUUUUCACCCAUCCAAACCUAUUUCCCACUCUCUUCUUUCUUUCUCCAUUUCUCUUUUUCUUUUUCUUUUGUUCUUGUUCUUGUAAGAAGAGAUGCAUGAUUGGGCUGCACCGUUGAUAGCUUCGGCUUUGUUCGCGUUUCUGUCGCCAGGGUUGAUACUGCAGUUUCCGGGGAAAGAAUCUCCGGUGGGUUUCAUGAACAUGAAGACGACGGUAGCUUCUAUUUUCGUUCACACUGUUCUCUAUGGUCUCUUUCUUAUCCUCUUUCUCGUUGUUCUCAACGUCCAUGUCUAUGCAUAGCUCAUUUAUUACACUCAUGUAUGUGCCUCUCUGCUUUGUGCUACAAGGUUUUACUACUGAUAUGCUUUGUUUUAGGAUUUGUCUUUGUUCUUCUUCUUAAUUACUGCUCCUAGAAUUUAAAACUUCUCAUCAAUUACUAUUUUUGCUCUAGGCCUUUAGUGUUAUUCAAUAAUAUAUCGUCAUCUUACAUAUAUAUAUCGUUACAUACAUGUGUAUAAGUAUUUGACCUCAAGCUGGUGAAAUAUGGCCUAAAGAUAACACAAAGGAUCUAAUAUGGUACAGGUAAAACGUUAGCGAAAUUGAUGGAUUCAAGAUGAGCAAGAUAUAGAUAAAUGAAAAAA